GAGGCGAAAGUGUUUCUUCCAAUGCGUAAGAUCGGUCGUACAUCUCCACCGACUUUAUUGAAAUCUCAUUGCAUCUUAUCUUCCUAGAUAUCAUCAUCAACCCAUCGAUGCGCUAAGCUCCACCACACCACACCACACUCCUUCCAUCAAGGUCGCAAUGCCUGAACAACCCGCCAACCCCGAGCCGGCCCAUCACAACAUCGACUCGAUGCUCUCGCGCAAGUUUGGCAAAGAAGUGGCCAACUACUUCUCCGGCAACCCACUCAAUCGCGUCGGCUUCCUGCGAGAAAAGCACGACUUCCUCGACCAGGCCCUCAAACACCCCUCCACCUCUUUCUUGCCCUGCAACAACUUGCAACCCCUUGUCAAGACGGGGUACAAGACGGGCGACUACUUGCAAUUCGUCAAGUAUGACGAGAUAAAACCCAUCAUUGGCGAUGGGCCCUACGACUUGACCGAGAAGGAGGUGCUGGCGCGGUAUAACAGCGAGCAGUACAUUCCGCAGAUGAUCUUCCUCGGCAUCGAUGAGAAGGACAAGCAGGGCCUUACGUACCAAGGCAAGAACGAGUACACCGGCGCACCCUACUUCGCCAUCGACGUCACUCCCAAGGCAGGAGUUAAGGAUGCCUGCGAGAAGCUGAUCAAAAGCCUCGAAGAGCGCGGGCUUACCUUCGCCCCAGGCCGCGUGAUGGAAAUCGACGCAACACACGCCGCCCUGUACGCCGAAGCGCGCAUGCUGCUCGACUGGAACCAGCGCAACCCCUACUGCGGCGCCUGCGGCAACACCACCAUGUCCGUCAACGGCGGCUUCAAGCGCGCCUGCCCGCCCAAAGACCUCGCCAAGGAGGCCAGCCAGCAGGACCGCCCGCCGUGCGUGACGAGGAACCGCAUCAGCAACCUCAGCUUCCCCCGCACCGACCCCACCGUCAUCAUGGCCAUUGUCAACUCCUCCAACACCAAAAUCCUCCUCGGCAGGCAGAAGGUGUGGCCGCCGUACUGGUACUCCACUCUCGCUGGCUUCGCCGAGCCCGCUGAGAGCAUUGAAGAGGCGGUGCGCCGCGAAGUCUACGAGGAGGCUGGCGUGCACGUUGGCCGAGUGGUGAUUCACAGCACGCAGCCCUGGCCGUAUCCCGCGAACCUCAUGAUUGGCGCCAUCGGCCAAGCGAUCCCAGAGGGCGAGACGAUUGAUCUCGGCAACGACCCCGAGCUGGACGAUGCGAAGUGGGUGGACUUUGAAGAGCUGAAGUUCUCCUUGAAGGUGGGCACCAGUGGGCUGAGUGAAGACCCGGGCCCGGAUUACAAGGAGGGCGGGCUGCGCUUGCCGCCAAGCACGGCCAUUGCGCAUCAAUUGAUGCAGGCUGCUGCGAAUGGCUUCGUGACUGAGGGCGCGAAAUUAUAAAUGAGCGAGAUUUAGAAAAGUGGGUAGAGAUGA